AUGACCCCACCACGUCCCCAUGACCCAACUCGGUCCUUCAACCCCAUCUCCAUGACCCCACCACGUCCCCAUGACCCAACUCGGUCCUUCAACCCCAUCUCCAUGACCCCACCACGUCCCCAUGACCCAACUCGGUCCUUCAACCCCAUCUCCAUGACCCCACCACGUCCCCAUGACCCAACUCGGUCCUUCAACCCCAUCUCCAUGACCCCACCACGUCCCCAUGACCCAACUCGGUCCUUCAACCCCAUCUCCAUGACCCCACCACGUCCCCAUGACCCAACUCGGUCCUUCAACCCCAUCUCCAUGACCCCACCACGUCCCCAUGACCCAACUCGGUCCUUCAACCCCAUCUCCAUGACCCCACCACGUCCCCAUGACCCAACUCGGUCCUUCAACCCCAUCUCCAUGACCCCACCACGUCCCCAUGACCCAACUCGGUCCUUCAACCCCAUCUCCAUGACCCCACCACGUCCCCAUGACCCAACUCGGUCCUUCAACCCCAUCUCCAUGACCCCACCACGUCCCCAUGACCCAACUCGGUCCUUCAACCCCAUCUCCAUGACCCCACCACGUCCCCAUGACCCAACUCGGUCCUUCAACCCCAUCUCCAUGACCCCACCACGUCCCCAUGACCCAACUCGGUCCUUCAACCCCAUCUCCAUGACCCCACCACGUCCCCAUGACCCAACUCGGUCCUUCAACCCCAUCUCCAUGACCCCACCACGUCCCCAUGACCCAACUCGGUCCUUCAACCCCAUCUCCAUGACCCCACCACGUCCCCAUGACCCAACUCGGUCCUUCAACCCCAUCUCCAUGACCCCACCACGUCCCCAUGACCCAACUCGGUCCUUCAACCCCAUCUCCAUGACCCCACCACGUCCCCAUGACCCAACUCGGUCCUUCAACCCCAUCUCCAUGACCCCACCACGUCCCCAUGACCCAACUCGGUCCUUCAACCCCAUCUCCAUGACCCCACCACGUCCCCAUGACCCAACUCGGUCCUUCAACCCCAUCUCCAUGACCCCACCACGUCCCCAUGACCCAACUCGGUCCUUCAACCCCAUCUCCAUGACCCCACCACGUCCCCAUGACCCAACUCGGUCCUUCAACCCCAUCUCCAUGACCCCACCACGUCCCCAUGACCCAACUCGGUCCUUCAACCCCAUCUCCAUGACCCCACCACGUCCCCAUGACCCAACUCGGUCCUUCAACCCCAUCUCCAUGACCCCACCACGUCCCCAUGACCCAACUCGGUCCUUCAACCCCAUCUCCAUGACCCCACCACGUCCCCAUGACCCAACUCGGUCCUUCAACCCCAUCUCCAUGACCCCACCACGUCCCCAUGACCCAACUCGGUCCUUCAACCCCAUCUCCAUGACCCCACCACGUCCCCAUGACCCAACUCGGUCCUUCAACCCCAUCUCCAUGACCCCACCACGUCCCCAUGACCCAACUCGGUCCUUCAACCCCAUCUCCAUGACCCCACCACGUCCCCAUGACCCAACUCGGUCCUUCAACCCCAUCUCCAUGACCCCACCACGUCCCCAUGACCCAACUCGGUCCUUCAACCCCAUCUCCAUGACCCCACCACGUCCCCAUGACCCAACUCGGUCCUUCAACCCCAUCUCCAUGACCCCACCACGUCCCCAUGACCCAACUCGGUCCUUCAACCCCAUCUCCAUGACCCCACCACGUCCCCAUGACCCAACUCGGUCCUUCAACCCCAUCUCCAUGACCCCACCACGUCCCCAUGACCCAACUCGGUCCUUCAACCCCAUCUCCAUGACCCCACCACGUCCCCAUGACCCAACUCGGUCCUUCAACCCCAUCUCCAUGACCCCACCACGUCCCCAUGACCCAACUCGGUCCUUCAACCCCAUCUCCAUGACCCAACUGGGUCUCCAUGUCCCCCAGACCCAUCUUCAUUACCCAACUGGGUUCCUCAACCCCAUCUCCAUGACCCAACUGGGUUCCUCAACCCCAUCCCCAUGA